AUGUCAAUUUUCAGGAUGGAAAACAAUGAGAGCAACUUGAACCGUUUCGACGAGUUGGAACAGUCGCUAGAGGUGUUCAUUGAAAACGCCAGACAUUUGUGCGUAAUCGCUGCAGACUUUCAACCGUCCACCGGUCAAAAUGUGCUGAACCAGAAACUACAGGCACUGGUAAAUGCAUUGCAGGAAUUAGACCAAAGCAAGGGCAAAUUCCAGGACGUGAAGGUGCCGAUCGAGUUGAUCGACUACGUAGAAAGUGGCAAGAAUCCGCAGCUGUAUGCCAAGGACUGUAUCGAACGCACGCUGCAACGUAACAAAGAGGUGAACGGCAAAAUCGAGCUGUAUAAGAAGUUUCGAGCGUCGCUGCUGAAAGAGAUGACGGAAGAGUUUCCGAAAGAAACGAUGCAAUACCGUGCGAUACGUGAGUACGGCGACUCGUCAACCAGCAGAAGUUACGGAGACAAGUGA